GGAAUAUUAUUUGUGAUUUGGGGAAGAGGCGCUCGCAGUGGUUGUGCUGAGGCUGAAUGCAUCGAAUGUUCAGCUUAAUAAUGAUCAGUGCUAAGCGUUAUAAUUGUGUGCUGGUAACGUUUACAAGUGGAGUUCCAGAAAGUUUCGUCCAAGGUAGCAUUAUGAACCGCCCACCGCGACCUCUUUAACUCUCGUCCCUUUGCAAUCCCUUUGAAUUGUUUACUUUACCAACUUGCCCGCCUUCCUUCCAUACAAUGAACGUACCAAUACAGCUAUCGUUUCCUUAAAUGUGACAUCAGACACAGGAAAAACGCCGCCUGCUUCUCGAUCAGAACUGGAACUUUCCAAUCAGGGAUCUCGUGGGUGGGUGUGGUGCGGUGGGUGCUCCAGACAUACCCACACGAGAAGGCUUUGUGGCUCACUCCAACCGGUACAGAGACACAGGACAGACGUCAGGGAACACAUCUUGCCUCAGUCUUGACAGAAUGACAUCAUCAAUCAGUUACUUUUCCCCCGGACCAGCGAAACUGCCGCACGAGAUCCUGGUGAAGCUUCAAGAUGAGCUGGUGCAGUACAAGUCGACGCAAGUGAGCGUCAUGGAGCUUUCGCAUCGCUCAAAGGACUUCGCGGAGAUCAUUGAGGGCGCGGAGAGCAGCGUGCGAGAGCUCAUGAACGUCCCAUCCAACUACAAGGUGCUCUUCUUACAAGGCGGAGGAACAGGCCAGUUCGCGGCCGUCCCUCUGAACCUAAUGUCGAGGACCGGCAAGGCGGAUUACAUCGUCACAGGUUCGUGGUCCAGCAAAGCGGCCAAAGAGGCCAGCAAAUACGGCUCCGUCAACCUGGUGCUUCCGAAGUUGGAGAAGUACACGACCAUCCCGGGCAAGUCGAGCUGGAAACUGGACCCUGAGGCGGCUUAUGUGUACUACUGUGCUAAUGAGACUGUAGAAGGUACUUGGAACGUUUCUUUUCCAAUCAAAAGACCUUUUAACACACUUCAUUCAUACUUCCGACACACAUUCUUCUGGAAAGCCCCAUUCUUUCACACGCUGUAUACAUUCCUGACCCCCUUCCAGUUCGGCGUGAUCUACGGCGGCGCCCAGAAGAACAUCGGCUGCCCCGGCGUCACCGUGGUCAUCGUGAGGGAGGACCUCCUGGGCAGCCCCCUCCCCGUCUGCCCCUCCGUCCUCGACUACGCCGUCAUGGCCAAGAACAAGUCCCUCUACAACACGCCGCCGACAUUCGCGAUCCACGUGGUGGGCGAGGUCCUGGCGUGGGUGAAGAGGGAAGGCGGACUCGACGAGAUGCAGAGACGCUCGCUGGAGAAGAGUAAGAUGCUGUAUUCCGUUAUCGACGAGAGCAACGGGUUUUAUAACAACCCUGUGGACGCGGCCGCGAGAUCCCGGAUGAACGUCGUCUUCCGGGUGGGCGAAGGCGGGAAAGACGACCUCGAGGCGAAAUUCAUCUCUCAGGCUGCCUCCCAGGGACUUCUUUCUCUCAAGGGACACAGGUCGGUUGGUGGCAUCCGCGCUUCGGUUUACAAUGCCAUCACCAUUGAUGACGUCAGACGCUUGGCCGAAUUCAUGAAAACAUUUCUCAAAGAAAACAAAGUGUGAGACGCAACUCUAACCAAAAGAAAUUACGAUCUGUUCAGAUUUUAAGAUUUAGUUAUUGAUUUGAUUAGAUAAUAUUCGGUUAUAAGAUUUUUAAUAACGUAACCUGUGAUGCCAUGCUUCGACAGCAUAAAGGGACCACAUAACAUGCUAUGCCCAGUCUUCAUUUCUUCAUAAAUGUACAUCUAUGCAUAUUUAUUGUAUUCAGCGACAUGUAUCAUCAGUGUAAGUCAAGUGCAACAAAAGGUUGAACAUUUAUCAACUGUUUAGGAGUUUCAUGUUUCAUGUUUGUGUUGUGAAAAAUGUAUAUUCUAAAGGAUACUAGUGGUGACUAGGCUGAUAUUUGCCUUUAAAAAUUGAACUAGCCACUACUAGGCAUUGUUGAUAAACGUCAACCAUGCAGUCAAUGCAUUUCAGUGCAAUCACAUAUUCCCACGAAAUUCAUAUUCAGUAUACGAAAUGUUAUACUGCUGACUCCAUGUGCAGGUAAUAAAAUCGGCUGAAAAAACA